GCUCCCUCUUUCUGCUGAAUGUGGUGAAGUCAUAUAUUUCAGACGGGGGUGUUUGCUGUAUUUAUAUUGGCAGUCCUGUACAGUGCACUCUGCGCUGUGUUGUAGAAGAAGAAUAGCGGGAGCAGAGCAUCAAGAGCACAACUCCACCUGAAUUCACCUGAGAUCUACUGCACAAACAGGAUCAACAUGUCAAACAGAGGUCCUUCCUACGGCCUGACCCGCGAGGUUCAGUGUAAGAUUGAUAAGAAAUACGACCCGGAACUGGAGGCGAGGCUGGUGGAGUGGAUCAUCGCCCAGUGUGGCUCUGGAGUGGGUCAGCCCGAUUCAUGCAGGGCCGGCUUCCAGGAGUGGCUCAAGGAUGGAUGUGUACUUUGUGAGCUCAUCAACAGCCUGUACGGAGUCAACAAGCCGUUAAAGGGCAUCAAGAAGUCUGGCAUGGCAUUCAAGCAGAUGGAGCAAAUCGCAUUGUUCCUUCAAGCUGCUGAAAGAUAUGGAGUCACCAAAACGGACAUGUUCCAGACUGUAGACCUCUUUGAAGGCAAAGACCUGGCUGCCGUCCAGAGGACCCUGAUGGCCCUGGGUAGCUUGGCUGUCACGAAGGAUGAUGGGAACUACAAAGGAGACCCAAACUGGUUCCAUAGAAAGGCGCAGGAGAACAGGAGGGAUUUCACAGAGGAGCAGCUGAGCGAAGGCAAAAAUGUCAUCGGCCUGCAAAUGGGCACAAAUAAAGGAGCAUCUCAAGCCGGCUCGACGGGCUACGGGCAACUCAGGCAGAUCCUCCCCAAACCCUGAAGAACCGGAGCAACGCUGAAACCCUCCUCCUCCUCCUCCUGUCCUCGAAAAGGCCAGUCAGCAAGGAGGGAGAAACUCUGACUCUUACCUUGGCCAUGAGGAGAAAUGUGACCGGACUGUUUUCAAGAUCAACUGGACCAAAAAUAGGGACCAACAUGAACAUGCGCACUUAUGCAGCACACACAUCACGUCAAGCACACACACAUAAGUAGAGACCUUUUAACUGUUAAAACAAAACAAAUCAUUUUCCGCACUUUCAUAACUACCUUCUGCUAGGCUGCUUGUAAAUAAUAUUUUUUCUCAAAGAUCAUUCCAGCUGCUGUGCAUGUUUUAGCUCAUUACCUUAAAAUCAAAUGUACUUUACAUGACCGCAAACCAUAACAUGUGACAUCCAGAUCGUUUCAGUACACCGUGCAGAAAUCAGUCAUUAUCAAUCUGUCACAUUUAGCACUGAGUUUGCGUCACCCUUUACUUUAACAUCUACAUUACUGCGGCUUUUCUCACAUCUUAAAUGGAUGAAACCACCACGUCCCUGAUUUAUUUUACACCGUGUCCUUGGUUGCUUUUUUGUGCAUCUGCCAGUAGUGUCCUUGUGGCAACACAGCCAUCAAUUCUUGGAUGUCACGGUGUUCUUGAAUGCACCACCAAGGUUAGUUUUUGAAAAUGUUCCCUGCUACAGCUGCAGGACUGUGCCGCAAUAAUGCAGCUUUAACAAAAAAAAAUAAUGAUAAGAAUGAAAGCUGAGCAGACAGAUUAGCUCUAGAGCAAGAAAAACGUGUGCGUCGCGUUGUGGUUUACUGUGAUGUUAAGUAUAGAAUUUAUAGUUAGUAGGCUAGAACAAGCACAUCCAUCAGUCAAGUGUAAGUAAGUUUAGAAAGGUUUAAAAAGGGUUUGAGAAUGACAGUCAUGUGUGUUUUACCUGCUCCAUAACACCAUCUACAGUCGUCAGUCAGUUAACUUCUAAUCAAAAUGUUGGACCAUCUUUUUAGACUUUGACAGCUCAUAGGUUAUACAGUCACAAUGACUUUCAAAUAAAGUUUGACUUAACUUUUCAAA